AUGUCUACACAAUCACCAACUUCAACAAAUAAUAAUAUUAGUAAUAUUGCAAAUCAAUGUAAUAAAAGGAUUGCAAUGGUAUGUGCAUCCAAUCAAAAUCGUAGUUUGGAAGCACAUCAUUUAUUUGUAAAGAAUGGAUUUAAGAAUAUAAGGUCAUUUGGUACAUCAGCACAUUGUAAAUUACCAGGACCAUCAAUUCAUCAACCAAAUAUAUUUUCAUUUGGUACACCAUAUCAAGAGAUCUAUACAUCACUAAAGAAUCAAGAUCAAGAACUUUACAUUAGAAAUGGUUUAUUGAAUAUGUUGGAACGUAAUAUCUCUGUUAAACUUGCACCAGAGAAAUGGCAAGAAGAACAACAAUCAAAAUUUGAAAUCGUCUAUACAUUUGAUCAACGUGUUUACGAUGCCGUCAUUGAAGAUCUCUUACAAAGAGAUGUAUCCUCCUCACUAUUACAACCUGUACAUAUAAUCAAUUUACAAGUUAAAGAUACUCACGAAGAAGCUGUAGGUGGUGCACAACAUGCUUUAGAAAUUACUUCAAUCAUUGAAAAAACUCUUAAUUGGGAAGAGAAAUUAGAUCAAAUUUUAGAAGAUUUUUAUAAACAAACUUCAAGACAAUUUUUACAUACUUUAAUGUUUUAUUAA